AUGAAUCACGUCCGCGCGUGUCUAUAUCUGUGGGCACUUUUUGCAGCCGGCACAGCAUGGGCCAGAUUUGACAUGAAUUCUGAUGGAUGUCCUGGAACACGUUUGACAGCAUGCGAAGAAAGAAACAAGAUAUGUGGAGCUUCGGUGAAGUGCCCUCGAUGUCAUAAACCUGGUGAAUGUGGUGUCACCGCGAGUUCUGCUUUUGACUGCCGAGACUGUGGAGGUAUUCAUUACUUGAAUAACCGGCACACUCACGAUAUAGCAUGUUGCUCCAGCUGUAGUGAACAACUGCGAGAUUCUGUUUCCUUCAAACUCUAG